GGCCUCUGCUGCGGUCGUGGGACACGUCGAGCCGAGCAGUAGUGGCUGGGGCUUGGGAGAAGUCCAGACCGGGUGAAGGGAUCCAGUUCUGAGAGGAAGGCACGGGCGGCGGAGCUCGUCCUGGAAAGACUUUUCUGCUGACUGUCAUCUUUUUCUGGAAAACUGGAUCCUUCCAACCAUAUGGGGAUGAACCAUAUGGGGAUGACCCAUAUGGGGAUGACCCACAUGGACAGCAACAGCACCAUGCCACCUCAUCAUCACCCAACCACCUCGCCCUCACACUCCCACGGUGGAGAAGGCAUGAUGAUGCCUAUGACCUUCCACUUUGACUUUAAGAAUGUGGAACUCUUGUUCUCUGGUUUGGUAAUCAACACACCUGGAGAGAUGGCUGGAGCUUUCGUAGCAGUGUUUUUACUAGCAAUGUUUUAUGAAGGACUCAAGAUAGCCAGAGAAGGUCUGCUGCGUAAGUCUCAAGUCAGCAUUCGCUACAAUUCCAUGCCUGUCCCAGGACCAAACGGAACCGUCCUCAUGGAGACACACAAGACUGUCGGGCAGCAGAUGCUGAGCUUCCCCCACCUCCUGCAGACAGUGCUGCACAUUAUCCAGGUAGUCAUCAGCUACUUCCUCAUGCUCAUCUUCAUGACCUACAAUGGGUACCUAUGCAUCGCAGUAGCAGCGGGGGCUGGGACAGGAUACUUUCUCUUCAGCUGGAAGAAGGCAGUGGUAGUGGACAUCACAGAGCAUUGCCAUUAACAUCAGACUCCACAUGUGGCCUUAUCGAUUGCUGUAGGAAGCAUCUUGGAACUGAAAGAUAUGAUUCCCCCUCCAAUCAUCCCUUCUCUCUUCUAUCUCUAUGCACACACACUUACUGAAUAGAGGCUUAGUUGACAGUCUCUGAGUAGUGGUUCUUCUAGUAAGAUGAAAUUGACAUUUCUCUUCAGAAGUCACCUGUGGGAUGUCUUCUCCCUCCUAAUCCUGAGCUUUGUCUAAUCCAGGUAGCUCUUUAGUUAAUGACAUGGUUAUCUGCUUUUUAUUUUUCUGUUUUGGGUGUUUUGUGUAUUUUUGUUUUAAAUAGAUAAUAUGUGGGUGGAAUUCUGAGUCAGUGAUAGAAAAGGAUUUUAACUUCAAACAGGACUGAUGGUAAUUAGGGACAUCUCACCCAACUCGGGGCUUCAGUUUCAUAGUAGAAAAUAAUCUCAUCUUAACUCAGUGAGUUCUCUAGGUGUGAUGUGUUACACCAAAAUACUAGUAGAGUGUGGAGAGUGGUUAGGGACUAAAUACAGUCAUCGAGUUUGUGGAGUGUGUAAUCUUACUCUCUUAUCAACUUGUGUUUCCACGUAACACUGUGAUUAGAAAUGAACUUACCAAUCAAAACAAAAACAGAACAAUCAAUUUGAGACUAUAGAAAUAGAGAUUGUUAAAUAAAACCAUUGGCAUUUUUCUUUGA